UACCGACGCUUUAAUUCAGGACACAAUAAGGAGUAAUUUUAAUGAAUGCACUGUCAUCACAAUAGCACAUCGUUUGAAUACCGUUAUAGACAGCAAUCGGAUUAUCGUAAUGGAGAACGGCUCCAUCGUGGAAUUUGGUUGUCCGUACGAGCUGUUGCACGACAAACCAAAAGGCUACUUCUCGCAAAUGGUGGAGAAAACGGGCAAUCAGAUGGCACAGAGUCUUCUGGAACAGGCGAAGAAGGCUUGCGAGAAGAACAACGAUCAUCGUGAAUUGAACUUAUCGGAGCAAAAUACCGAAAACAAGAACGACGUCACGAUCACGGAACAAUCCUUUUCUAAAAAGGAGAUGUGA